CCACCGUCAGAUCACACACACACACACGCGACCACGCACUCUCUCCGACGCGCAUUCAUGGCACGGGGAGUAACGGGCGACGCCGCGGGAAGCAGCGCCGCCGCCGAGCGUGGGAGCGGCGCGGAGGAGGGGAGCGGGGCCGCCGCGCCGGCGCCGGUUCCGACGUGGCAGCGGGUGCGGAGGGCCGGGCAGGGGGCGGUGGCGCACGCGCUGCUGCUCUGCUUCACCGCGCUCCUCGCGCUCAAGCUCGACGGCGUCGUCUCACUGUCCUGGUGGGUGCUUUUCAUCCCUCUAUGGUUGUUCCAUGCUGUUGCUGCUCGAUGUCGAUUCUCGUUACCUGCUCCAUCAUCACCUGAAAGUUGUCAACGGGUGCCAUGCCAUUCCAUUGUCGCCACACCUUUGCUAGUUGCUUUUGAGCUGCUUCUCUGUGUUUACCUGGACGGCCUCAAUGAUUUAAAGCUUGUCUUCCUUCCACUCUUGACUUUGGAAAUCACUACACUGGUUGACAAUUUCAGGAUGUGUGGGGCUCUAAUGCCUGGACACGGAGAAACUAUAACUGAAGAAGCAAUUUGGGAGAGGCUUCCUGUAAGAAUCUUAAGAUAUUUCUGGGUCGCGAUUUCCAUGGUGUUUCUACUAGCGGCUACUUCACUCAUGCUUCUGAAGUUAUGUGGUGAUGCAGUUACUCUGGGAUGGUGGGAUUUAUUCAUUAAUUUUGGGAUUUCCCAGUGCUUUGCUUUUCUGGUAUGCACAAGAUGGUCAACUCCAAUGGACAGUGGUGGCCCUGUAUUGAUAAUUCUUAUAAUAGUUUUCCAAGUUCUUCUUUGUAUGCACUUAGAGGGAACUCCAUCUAAUGCUCAUUUUAUCCCAAUGCGAGCUAUUUUUCUGCCCAUAAUUUUGCUACAAGUGGCUGCUUUAUCUUUUGCUGUUUGGAGAUUCUUUGACAGGCUUCUUACUAAACUUCAAGAUGGAAUUAUCAGUCAAGGACAUAUUUCUGUGUCCUUAAGAGUUGAUGAACUGUUUAUGAUGAUACAAUAUGGUUCAAGGCUCCUCCACUGGUGGUCUAUAGAUGAAGAUAGCAAAGAGGAACAGGCUCACUUAUGCUAUGCAAAUAAUACUGGCUAUAGUACCUUUUGCAGUUAUCCACCAAAGGUGGUAAAAGAGAUGCCAAAAGAAGUUCUUGUCAAAGAGGUACAGAGACUUCAACUAGCCUUGGAAGAGCAAACUGAAAUGGCAAAUCAUAGCCAACAGCUCUGUGAUAGGCUUAAAAAUGAACGGAUCUUGUGCCGAAUUUGCUUUGAAAGAGAGAUCUGCAUUGUUCUGCUUCCCUGCCGCCAUCAUGUUCUCUGCGAGCCUUGAUCUAACAAGUGCCAGUCAUGUCCAAUUUGCCGAUUGACCAUUGAGAGCAGGUUAUCUGUUUAUGAUGCAGUGCUGUCAGCCAAUCCAUUAUGUGACGCAGUUUAGAAGUUCCCAUGUUGCCAGCAGUUUUAGGGUACCAACUUCUGGUGUCGGCAAAGAUGGCCCACAAGAUUCCUAUCAGAGGAAGACAAGUAGUGAAAUUCUUGGUAUGAAGUUUGGAAGAAAGCGAGAAUAAGUCUCCUAUUGUCAGAUUGGAGUACAAGAAAAAUAAAAAACCACACUGUACAUUCUUCUGCAGUGAUAUGACACAAAGGAAACAGGGAAGCAUAUGGGGUCUUCGUUUCUUGGAUUCUUGUUCACAUAUAGUAUAGCCAUCUUUGAUUAGUUCCCCAGAAUUUAAAGAUGGACAGAGGAACCAAGAAAACAUGUGCAAACGGGAACAUCAGGUUGUUAUUGGAUGGUCUUUGGCAUUCAGGGAAGAAGCAAAUUUCAGUCUUUUCUGCUUUGACGAGUUUAUUAAGGCACACAACAAUGGUGCCAUCUUUCCCCAAUGGAGUUUUGACAUGCAAAAAGCUUUACAUUCAUAUGCGACAAUAAUGUCUCUGUCAAUUUUAUCUCCAAGGUAUAAGAGCAUUGAGCUUUCUCCUGGUCAUGUCAAAUUAAAAAAACGCAGCCAGAGGGGUGAACGGAUCCCACCGUUUUUCAUUAAGAGGAAGCGAUUCGGCUUCAUCCGGCCGCGGAAAAAUCCCCGCCCAUGCCCGAGAGGAUAAGCCUUGCGGCGAGCACAGCGAGAGGAUUUUUUUACCCACGAGCAGAAUCCUUGGGGAGCGACUGCGCCACACCCGGUUAUCCGUCCCAAACUGGGAUCGAACUGGGGCGGGUGGUACGAGCUCGUUGGCGGUCAUGUCAAAUAAUGAGAGCGUGAGAAUCUAUUGUAUGCGCUUGUCGACCUCAUGCGACUUUCUCCACCAUACCAGAACAUCACUUUUGCAGUACGAGAAUUGGCUCUCCAAGUCAACAAUUGUGGCCAGCCACAGCCUCACACCGCUUUUGUCAUAUUAUAUUGCUGUGAUUUCGCAUGUCUUGUGGCCUUCGAUCCCCGCCUAGCGUCGGAAGGACAUCCAAGAUUGUGUGCUGGUGCCAAUAUUUGCCAGGAAGUUGCUAGGUGCAUGCUCCGCGCGCAUGAUGUGCAAUAAGGACUGGUCAUUCCAUUUCUGUCAUCCUUAUCCUUGUUGCCUUCAUGUGUAGGUCACCUUUGUUGCUGUAGUCCUGCUUUUGCUACCACCGUGUGAUGAUACGUGUCCAGAAUGUGAUGGCAAGAUGGUGCCAAUGCUGAUAAGCACAUGCUUUCUUGCUUAGUUUAGAAUGGGAAAACAAUACUGCAUACAUCCGAUGAAUCAAGGGUUUCUCGGCUAUUUUUCAACAAGUCAGGAACCGGUUGUUGCCGGUAAACUUAUAACCGGUUAUUUUCAAGGCUUUCCUUUCCUUUUGUAUCUGUUUAGGAUGUGGGUAUCUGAGCCGACUAUUCAAAACAAACUAGGAUGCCGGUUGAGAGAGUGUUUAAUUUUAGCGCUUUAAUGUUAUUGUUCUGUCUUUGGAUUUCGAGACUAAAUAAACAGAGGAACAAGAACAGCCAGCCCUUUUAUUC